AUGGAUCAGGACGAAGCCAGACAAUUGAAGCUCGUUGAGGAAGCCAAGAAAGCGAAGAUCGCCUACGAAAUGCACUGUGGAGUCGGUGAGGAAAUCUUCAGACCAAUGGAGGGAGCGUCAGGAGUUGCCACAACAGAUAGCGGUUACAAGGCUUUGAGGUACAGACACGCUUUGAUUCCAAAGCUAUUCUUGGAUGUUGUUAAGAGUCCAAGCGAGGAAAAAAAGAAUCUUGCCCGAAGGCCCGGUCGUGUGUUUCUUUCACCCGUCACAGACCAAGAGAAGCACAAUCCACCUCUAGUGCAAAAUCUCAGUUUGAUAAGAGCCGACAUUGAAAAGAUGCGGAUGAAAGGUGGGCAGCAUUACUCCAGGACAGCUCGAAAGGUCAGAGAUGCUCGAUCCAUGACAACAAACCCCCAGCUGGACAUGCUAGACCUGGGAUGGACCAGAUCCACCACUUCGAUGGCUACAGAGAUGCAGUACCAGAAUGCAACGGAAAAACCAAAAAAUUGGGUGAGUACUUCCUGUAUGUAG